GGGGUAGCAUUCAUUAAACCCCUGCCAGGUGCUUUCCUGUCAGGUAACUCUGCUCUCCAUGGCGCAGUGAGGUGGGUGGUUGUGUCCAUCUUACAAAGGAGAAUAAACUCCGUUGAGGAGACUCACCUCACACCCAGCGUGUGUGAUGGCCCCAGUUCAAACUCCUAUCUGCUGACUGCACUGAGAGAUGAUCCGUACUCCUGAAGGGCCAGGCCAGGUUACAGGCAGUAUAUAAUAGUAUCUGUGUAGGAGGGAGAUAAUAGGCAUAGAAUCUGAAGCCAGAAAGAACUAAAGCUAAAACCAAGCAAAUGUAGUAACCAAAAGUUAGUCUCAGGAUGUGUGGAUAGAGGUGAUAGCAAAACAGUGUUGGCCAAAGCAGCCUGUGAUCGAGAGUGUGGGUCACCACACUGUACGUCUAUCCCUCAAAGAUGGCCUCUAGAUUAAGGGCUUAGAGUUGGGUCUCUUCGUUAGAAGGGAGCAUGUUGGAGGUGGAGAAAAGGGGAUCUGUGUUUUCUUCUCUAAUUGCUAUGUAGAGAAUUGCAUGGAGACUGUCAGUUGCAUAGAGGCCCAAGGUCAUGCGUCCUAAAUAGGGAGCUUCUAUUUGAGGAUCCAAAACUUUUGAGUGAUCUGAAAAAUGUCAGUUUCUUUAAAAGAUUCUAAACUUAAAACAUCACCAGGAAUGAACUUAAAAUGUACAGGGUCUAGAUAAAGAAAACUUUAAAAUAAUAUGAAGGACAUAGAAGAAGACAUGAACAAAUGGAAAGAAAGACCCAAGUUUUUGAACUGGAGCAGCCAACAACAUGAAGCUGUCAGUCCUCAAAAUUAACAAAUGUAAUGCUAUCUCAAUAAGACAUACCAAUGGGGUUAAAAAAAAACAAAACACGUAAGUUCAUAUGGGGAAAAAAAUAAUAGCUGGAAGAUGAUGCUGGGGGAAAAAAAGAUUGGGUGUUUAAUCCAAACAUUAAAACACAUAAAACUAUAAAUAAAACUAAAAAAUUUUGGUGCAUAAAUGAAUAGGCCAAUAGAAGGAAAAGUUUAGAAACAGAUUCAAACAUAAGAAUUUAUUAUGGUAAAUGUGCCAUCCAGAACCAGGAGAAAAAAAGAUGGAUUCUUCAGAAAAUAGCGUUGGAACAACUGGGAAACUCUGGAGAAAGAAAAGUUGGCUCUGUAUCUCACACCAUAUUUCAAACUGUAUACAUAACAGGAAAUGUGGGCAAUUCCUUUAAAAUCUGUGGGAGGGGGUGGGGAGAAUGUUCUAACUUGGAUCCCAAAUUCAGGAGUCAUAAAUGAAGAUCGACAAAUUCUAUGUGAAACAAAAAUAAAAAAUUGAAACCUUUUUAAAGUCAAAAACAUCAUAAGCCAAGUCAAAAUGCUAUAGACUAUGAAAAAACUCAUCUCUAAGGGCUAAUCCUCCUAAUACAUUAAGAGCUCCUGGAAACUAGUAUGAAAAACCAACCACCCAAUAGAGAAAUGAGUGAAGUAACUACAAAUAGCACACAAUCUCAUUCAUAAUAAGAGAAAUGCACAUUAAAAGAUGGCAUGUUUCACUUAAUCAAAUUGGGAAAAAUCCUAGCACACCAUGUUGGUGAGGCCAUGGGAACGCAGGCAUUUGUACCACCUUGCUGUGGAAAACUGACGUAACCUCUAUGAAGAGCAAUCUGGUGGUUUGUAUCUAAAUUUUAAAAUGCACAUAUCCUUUCAUCUAGCACUUCCAUUUGCCCUGGGCAGAUCAUCCUGUGCCUGUUUCUUCAUGUGUAAAAUGCAGACAAUUCUACCUCGUAGGGUUGUUGUGAGAAUUGUUAGAUAAAACACAUUAAGAACUUUGUACAAAGUGCCUGGCACAUAGGAAGUACUCCAAAAAUGUCAGCAAUGUAAUAGCAGCUAAUGCACGUUGAGUUUUUAAACAUAUGCUGCAUUUACUACACGGUGCUUGGUGCUUUUCAUGUAUUACCUCAUUUAAUGCUCCAGCCAUCCCUGUGAUUAUCACCAGUUAGCCUCAGGAUUCUGAGGCACAGAGAUGUGGAGUGGGUCGUCCCGCAGGAUUCAAGCAGGGUUGACUCCCAAGCUUCCCUUAAGGGAAGGUGCGCGGAGCACUGGAGUAACACAGAUGGGCAAGCCAUGUGUUGGUUUUUGAGGGAAGAUGUGGCUCUCAGUUAAGGCUCUGCCACUCUCAAGUUGGGUAGCCUUGGGGCAGGAUGUUCAGUUUCGUUUCACUUUUGACCUACUCUUAGUCCAUCUGCCAAUCCGUAAAACUGGGGUAUAACUAUUUCAAGUGUGGUUGAGAGGAUUAAACUAGGCAUUCAGGUCUUCCUAAUUCAUGCUUGCUGAUGUGAACAAAAGUACGCAGGGUGGGAGCAAAAGGGGAAACGCAUUCUGAGAAGAGGGAACAGCACAUUCCAAAGCUACAGAUCUAAAAAGAGCCUGAGGAAUCCAGGAGUGGGAUGAGAUGCGGUGGCUGAUGGCCUUGAAGACCAGCUAAGAAACUUGGACAAUUUAAUAAUAAAAAUAAAACAAAGAGCCACCAUUUUCUGAGAGUCUGCUCUUAAUUAUUUCCAUCAAAACUACUUCAGCGAGGUAGAUUUAAUAAAUCCAACUGUACACAAAAGGGAACUGCCAGGAGCCACAGAAGAGGUGUAAGCUGGGAGGUGGCUUGAUCAGUUGUGAUUUUAGAACCCUUAGACCAACAGGAGGUGCUCUAAGAGAACUGCCUUGAAUCCCACACAUUAAAAGUAUUAAUAACAUUUAUCAUUUUUGCAUUUAUUCCACAAUUUAUAUUCACUGUAGAACAUAUGAAAAAUACAAGAAAGUUUAAAGAAAUAUAAAAAAUUGUUAAUUCCACCCUCUAGAGAAUCCCAAGUGAUACUUUCCUUCCAGUCUUCUCCCCCCGCCCCCACCUUUAUGCAAAAAAUAUGUAGUGAUUAGAAUGGCUCUUAGAUAGAAGAUGUGGAGAGGUCAGUGUUAAAACGCCCUUGAUACUCCUUCUCUUCUUCCUUUUCUUAGGACCACACCAAGGGGAGAGCAGAUUCCCUCCGCGUUUUCAGGGAUACUCCCCAGGACUCAUCGCCGCCACGGUCGCUCGCCUCAAGCCGGUCUCUAGGGGGCGCUGCUGCAAGACCUGGAGCGGAAGGAAGGCGAUGCUGAAACGCGGUUAAAUUUGGGCACCGCCGCCGCCCGUAGUCGGCGUCCUCAACAUGGCGGCUCCCCAGGAUGUCCACGUCCGUAUCUGUAACCAAGAGAUUGUCAAAUUUGACCUGGAGGUGAAGGCGCUUAUCCAGGAUAUUCGGGAUUGUUCAGGACCAUUAAGUGCACUUACUGAACUGAAUACUAAAGUGAAAGAGAAGUUUCAGCAACUGCGGCACAGAAUACAGGAGCUUGAGCAGUCAGCUAAAGAGCAAGACAAAGAGUCAGAGAAGCAAGUUCUGCUCCAGGAAGUGGAGAAUCACAAGAAGCAGAUGCUCAGCAAUCAGACCUCAUGGAGGAAGGCUAAUCUCACCUGCAAAAUCGCUAUUGACAAUCUAGAGAAAGCAGAACUUCUCCAGGGAGGAGACCUCUUAAGGCAAAGGAAAACCACCAAAGAGAGCCUGGCCCAGACGUCCAGUUCCAUUACGGAGAGCCUCAUGGGGAUCAGCAGGAUGAUGUCCCAGCAGGUUCAGCAGAGCGAGGAAGCCAUGCAGACGCUAGCCAAUUCUUCCCGGACUAUCCUGGAUGCAAAUGAAGAGUUUAAGUCCAUGUCAGGGACCAUCCAGUUGGGACGGAAGCUUAUCACAAAAUAUAAUCGCCGAGAGCUGACGGACAAACUUCUCAUUUUCCUUGCCCUGGCCCUUUUCCUCGCUACGGUCCUCUAUAUUAUAAAAAAGCGGCUCUUUCCAUUUUUGUAAGAUAGGGAAUUACCAGCUUUUGCCCUUUAAAGUCCGGUGUCAAGAUCUGGCCAUGCUACCAAGCUCUGGUAAACCAGUCCAUGCCUCCACAGUCUGCUCCAGUUGUUCUGCAGGUUGGAUAGAGACACAGAGUUCCCCAGGUUCCUGCAGGUGGCUGGCUGGCAAAGGGCGAGCAGACCAAGGUGUCAUUGAGACACCUACAGGGACACAGGGACUCCACAAGCCGUCGCAACAGUGCUUAUGGCUGUCGCAUGGGGCAUUCAGAGGCCAGGCUUCAGGCUUUGAUCCUCCUGUCUCUCCUUCUCCUGCUGUGGCCUUAGUGCCAGAUCUGGUAGAAGGAAGAGAAGGGGGGGGGGGGGAAGGAGGAUAAGGAAAACUCACGUCCAUUUCUUGAAUAAACUUGACUAUAUUUAAUAGAAUGAAACGCAUUUGGAUUAUAAGGUAUCCUUCUGGGAAUUUGUGUCCUGCUUUUGGUGUCCAGAUUUCUAGGACAUGAACUUAGAUCAUUUAUUUGUUCUCCCAACAAAGGAUUAUUAGGCAGCAGUCAUAUGCAAUGUAUUACAGACCCUGCCGACUGUUACAAAUAGAUUGGUAAAGCAGCUGUGGUUCCUCCCUCAGGGAGCAAGGAGAACAAGAUCUCAUAGGCUCUAAAAAAGUAAGUUACAGAAAGCCCCCACCGGAGGUGGCUGACCCAUCUGAAAAGGCUGAGGCAAACAGUCUUUUCUUUCUGUGUACAGUGGUGGGCCUGGCCUCUCAGUGUGCAGCGUCUUGGGGGCUGGCGCAUGUCUUUCUCUUUGAGGUGCAGAGCUAAAUAUAACGAUGAGAGGGAGGCUAGUGAUAAGCGGAGUCCUGUCUGGGCCUGAGUUCUGUCGAGGCCUGGGGGAUCCUAGGGCUCAGGCUGGGAGAUGUUCGUGUCCUUGUGCUAUAGGCCUGGCUGGCCUCACACAUGAAAUCCCAGCCUCCCCACUAUUUAUAGCCCCAGAGGCCCUGGGAUGUGUAACAUGGAGGCAGAGGGGAAAGUGAGAAGAACAUGGACUUUGAACCUUGGUUUUGAGUCUUGGCUGUUUAACUAAAGGACCAUGUGACUCUGGGCAAGAUAUCUUAUGUCACUAAGCCUCAGUUUCCCCACCUGUACCAUGGGGGUGAUAGUCCACAUAGACAUUUGUUUAGUCAACAUGAGACUCCAACAAGAAUGUGAAGUAACAAGCGCAGCUUCUGUCUGACUGAGCGGUGGGCUUCCCAAGUGGGGCCACCUCCAGGGCUCUGGACCCUGAGGUUUCCUGCAGCAAACAGGGGCUUCGGUGAAAGCUGGCCUGGGCAUCACAAGUUCUGUUUAGAUCUGUUUGAGCAGAGGAUGUCAACAGUUAAGGCUUUGGCUUCAGUUACGAACUGCCAAAUCUUCAUGGGACCAAGUACUUAAGAGAUUGGCUGCACACCUCAGACUGACUAGUUUAAUGAGUAGGUUCUAAGUUAAAGUGCGUGCGUGUGUGUGUGUGCGUGUGUGUACACACUUCUAUAUAUACAUAUAUCAUACUUAAACGAUUUCUGGCCUCAGAAGACACUCACUGCAAAUUGUGCAUGCAUGUGUCUUAUUUAUAGUCAAAUUAAAGCUGAGAAUAAAGCACAGAUGGGAAAUUCCCACUCAGAUUCCAGCUGUAAGUGCAGCAGAUGGAUGUUAUCAAUUUAGGAUUUUCUUGUCUUAACAUUUUUCUUUACCACUUCCCACUAAUUGUCAACAUCCUCCUUCCAAUAUGGGAAUGUGUGGGCGCUGUACUCCUUAAAAAAUCUCCCUUUGACUUUAUUCUUCUGUAACUUGCUAGGUUGAAUUUGAAAUGUCAUCAAUAGCAUUGUAUCUUGGAACCGCAUUCAGCCACCGGGAUUCAAAGUCAUCCCCUAGCGGGCUGGCUGGACGGAGAGCAACCAUCUCCAUGUUCAACCAUGAGGGGGCAGUGUUCACAUUUGCUCUGUGGUCUGGCUGUGUGUAUGGCUUCAUCAGUCCAUAGGGAACGCUCUUGCGGAUUUUUUUUUCCACGUACCAGACUUUAAAAACAAACAAACAUACAAAUGUACAAAGUUUAUAGUUUUUAGAAGAUGUUUCAUAGAUGAUUUUCAUUUUCACUGUGAAAAGUAAGGCCAGCUUGUGUUCUACAGUUUGGUUAGGUGACAGUCAAAGAAUUAAAAGUAUAGAGCAGCUGUCAAGAGGUCGUCCAUUCAAGUAUUUACUGAGCACGUACUUUGUACCAGGCACUGUGCUAGGUAUAGGCAGUGAAUAAAACAAAGAUUCCCUGUUGUUGUGGAACUUACAAUAUGUGAGAGAGGGCAGGCAGAUGAUAAAUAAGCCAUUCAUUCUGUUAGACAAUAAGUGGUCUAGGAAAGAGGGAAGCCCGCCAAUGGAGACAGGAAUGUAGGUGUGGGGAUAGGUUUGCAGUAUUAAGUAGGGUGGUCAGAGCUGGCCUCACUGAGGAGGUGAGGUCUGAGCAAAGGCUUGUUGGGGAGGGAGACCCCUUAGCCAUGCGGACUGCUGGGGGAGAUGGGCUCCGGCACAGGGACCAGCUGGGGCUGGAGCAAAGGGCUACAGUGGGAGCACCUGCGAUACUGUGGUUGAUAGUAAGAAAUAUAUAUUUGAUAGUAAGAAAUAUAUAUUUGGUGUCCCCAGUCAGGGACACAGAGCUCCUAAAACCCUUGGACUUCCCUGCAGUGAGAGCGGUAAAGGUUUCUUUUGUUACGUGCAUGAGGCGACUUUUGGAAAGCACUAAAGACAGGGCUGGUUGCCAGUGGACCUCAGAGGAGGGGAGAGGGGUUGGAAAUUAAGUUCAGUCACCAGUGGCCCAUCAUUUAAUCAAUCAUGACCGUCGAAUGAAGCCUCCACAAAACCCAGGAGGACUGUGUUCAGAGAUCUUCUGGGUUGAUGAACACGUGGAGAUUGAGGGAGGGUGGCACACUUAGGGCAUGGAAGCUCUGCAUCCUUUCCUCGUGCCUUGCCCUAUGCGUCUCUUCCAUCUGGCUGUUCUACCCUUUCUUAAUAAACUGGUCAUCUAGUAAGCAAAA